AUGUGCCACCGUGAUAUCUGCCACUACAAAUGCGGGCACGCCUACGAAGGCAAGGUGCGCCGGUGCCAAAGUUACUACGAGAUGCGGGCAGAAGAGACUCCCACGCUUUGCAUGAUCUUUCGGAGGAAGACUAUGGACUGCAAAGACCUGAUGAGCGUCAACCAAGACAUCGCGACCGUCUGCUCGGUAACAUGCGCCAAGAGGCUACUGAACACGCAGAAAUCCAGAGAGAACGAGUUGCGGCAACGGGAGAAGCAGCUAAAAGAGAGGGAGAUGGCUAGCGCACGGGAGUACGAGCAGAAUAAGAAGGCAGAGGAGGAGGCGCUGCGGCGGCAGAGGGUGGAGAGGGUGGAAAGGGCUAGACGAGAGAGAGAAAAUGGCCGUCAUACGCAGGGCGCCCCAGCCCAGCAACGAAUGCCUUUCCAGCCAACCACGAGCAGGGCCGGCAACUCGAUCUCACGCAGCAACGCCCGCCAUCUCGGCCCCGGACAGACCGGCGCGCUUGACGACCCUCGCGUACGAGUCCAGGCUUCUCGGCAGCACGCUCAGUCCGUUGCGCGGAGGAAUCCUACCCUGCCAGCAACCAAGCAGCGGCCGAAGGUCGAACCCUUCUACGCGCCACCCGUGCCACCAAAAGACACAUCAUGGCGACCACAGCACCCCAACAUGGUCCCCGCACCCCUCACCGUGGGCACCCGAACCCCAACAAGGACCACCGGCCCACCACCAACCACCACCACCACCGCCCCCAAGCGGAAGCCAGUCUACCCAAACAACAACAACAAUAGUAGUAGUAGUAGGUCAUCCGCGCCAGCAGCGCAGACGCGCCCGGCCGGCCCCAUCAACCCCACGCACCACAUCAACCCGAUGCACCAACUCAGCCCCACACACAAAGUCAACCAGACGUACCGCCCCAGCCCCAUGCACCGACCCAACCCGGGACACAACAAGCCGUGCCCGGCAGUUCCGGUCCCGAACCGCCUGGUGAAGAACAACCCGGCACCGUCGUCGUCGUCGUCGGGGGGCAGGAGACUCGUCGUAACCCGCGCGGGUGCCGACAGCAGCAAGACUAGGUCGGCGCCUGCGGCAGGGGUGACACCGACGGGAGGGCCGGUUAAGAAGAAGAGCUGGCUGAAGAAAUUGGUGGGCGGGGCGGGGAGCUGUGAGUCGGCGGAGUGGGUGUCGGCGGAUGCGGUGAGGGUUGAGAGGGGGUCGGUGGUGGGGUUGUGA